UAUCUAAUAUAAUUGCUUUGUUUUCCAAUAAGUGCAUCUCAUUAAAAAUGUUUUAUGUAGUAUUUUAGUAGGUAAUAGAUAAAAUUUUGAUAUAUAUACAGGUGCCUGCAAACGGAUAUGAUAUUAUACCAAUAACAGGUUGAAAUAAGUACUAAGUGAGGUAACAUUUUGUCAUUGUUGGUGUAUUCAUCGUGGUCUCAUUUAUUGUCACUGUUUUAUUUAUUGUUUAUUGUUGUUCUUUUCUAUAUAUAAAAUGUCUGGUGUACCAUGUACAAUUUUGGUAUCCAUAGAAGAUAGAUUAAAUUUCCCCACGAAAAUGGCUCUAGUAGUCAUAAGGCAGCUAUUCAGAUAUGGUUUAAGAAGCAUAUCUCUCCGGAAUGAUAGAAUCUUAAUAGACUUAGUAUAUACCCCAAAGUCCACAACGCUGUCGAGAAAAUUUGGUAACUUACCAGUAAAAUAUAUCUGUAUGCAAAUAAAUGAUUCUAAUGAGAUAGGAUUGUUUGAAAAAGCAAUGAAGAGAUAUUACUUUGACUUAGAGGAGGAGACAGAAGCUCUUCCUCCUCCUCCUCCUACUACUACUACUUCUAUUAAAUCAAUUCAGAAGGAACCUUUAAAGAAAAAAUUGAAGAGGAGAGUAACACAGCAUGUUGAGUCCAUUGAUCUUGAUCAAAAUUCACAAGUGUGGUCAUUUGAUGAACACAUUAUAGAUGAUGAUGAUGAUAAAGAAGAUCAUACCAGAAGAGCGACAAUAAGUGAGACCAGAAAUGACUACGGCGACGACGAUGACGAUGACUACACCACCACAUUGAUACCUCCUACGGAGUAAUUUUGUAUUAAUAUAUAUAUAUAUAUAUAUAUAUAUAUAUAUAUAUAUAUAUAUAUAUAUAACUGCAAUUUAUUUUUUGGUUUUUUUUUGUUUUAGAGGUACAGUACUGUGUGGAGAUUGUAAAAUUUUUUUUUGUUUCUGCAAACUUUCCUUAAGAAUUCACUUAACUUCAUUAUAUUGUGAGGAAACACUUCCAACAAGUGCAGAAUGGUAAAUGCAUCAGAAACUGAAGAACGAGCUAAAAUUCAGAAAAUAGCAGUUGAGAUUAUAAAGGCACCUAUGAUAAGACAUAUUUUUAUAACACUACUGGCAGUCUGUAAAAAUCCACGAACGUUAAGCCCUAACGAUUUAAGUAGGAUUAUUAAUCACCACUCACAUCGUGUACUCCCAAGUAUUGUAACAGAUGCAUUUUUUCGAAACUUCAACUUACCAGUUGAACCAGAGGAGUCCGAUUAUGAUUCUGAUGAAACAAUUUGUGAAUAAUAAUAAUGAUAAUUGCAGCUAUAUUAUACAUAUAUAUUUUGUUUUGCGUUAUGCUUUGUACAUGAGGAAAAAAAAAUAAAAAAAAUUUUUUGACAA